AUGGGUUGUUUAUUUUCGAAAGAGCGGCGGUCAGGCGGCAGUGAAUUGGGUCCAGCAGAACGGAUAGAUAUUAACAGAUUCGCAACUCCACAACAGCAAACAGUAUUCCACGUGAACAACGGUGGAAAUGAAGGAACAAUAUCAUUAAAUGGAACAUCAGAUGCUGGAUUGGGAAGUGGUCGACCUCAGGAGCGAGAGAUUCUUGUUGCUCUCUAUCCAUAUGAUUCACGUGCAGAUGGCGAUUUGAGUUUCCAAAAAGGCGAUGCUAUGUAUUUAUUGGAUCACUCGAAUUGCGAUUGGUGGUAUGUACGACAUCAAAGGACCGGACAAACUGGAUAUGUGCCACGAAAUUUUGUUGCUAGGCAACAGACGAUUGAGAGUGAAGAAUGGUACGCUGGGAAGAUUCCCAGAAAUCGAGCAGAACGACUGGUCUUAUCAUCGAAUCUUCCAAAAGGAACAUUCUUGAUAAGAGAACGAGAAGCAGACACUCGAGAAUUUGCAUUAACAAUCCGAGAUACAGAUGAUCCGAGGAGUGGAGGUACAGUAAAGCACUACAAAAUCAAGCGGCUCGAUCAUGAUCAAGGAUAUUUCAUCACAACACGACGAACAUUCCGAUCACUUCAAGAUCUCGUCAGAUAUUAUUCUGAUAUGGCCGAUGGCCUGUGCUGUCAAUUAACAUUCCCUGCUCCACGCCUCGCCCCUACUCGACCAGAUCUCUCACACGAUACACAACAAAAUUGGGAAAUUCCACGAAAUCAAUUGCAUUUGAAGAGAAAGUUGGGAGAUGGUAACUUCGGAGAAGUCUGGUAUGGAAAGUGGAGAGGAAUCGUAGAGGUUGCAAUCAAAACGAUGAAACCGGGCACUAUGUCACCAGAAGCUUUCUUACAAGAAGCCCAAAUCAUGAAACAAUGUGAUCAUCCGAAUCUUGUCAAACUGUAUGCUGUCUGCACUCGCGAAGAGCCAUUCUACAUUAUCACAGAGUACAUGAUUAAUGGGUCACUUCUCCAUUACCUUCGAAAUGAUGGAAGCACACUUGGAAUUCAGGCUCUUGUCGAUAUGGCUGCGCAAAUUGCGAAUGGAAUGAUGUAUUUAGAAGAGAGAAAACUUGUACAUCGUGAUUUGGCUGCCCGUAACGUCCUUGUCGGUGACAAGAUAUCUGGUGUUCCAGUCGUCAAAGUCGCGGAUUUCGGUCUUGCACGAAAGUUGAUGGAGGAGGAUAUUUAUGAGGCUCGAACAGGAGCGAAGUUCCCAAUUAAAUGGACAGCUCCAGAAGCUGCAACAUGUGGAAACUUCACUGUAAAGAGCGACGUCUGGUCAUAUGGUAUUCUUCUAUAUGAGAUUAUGACGAAGGGACAAGUGCCGUAUCCAGGAAUGCAUAACCGUGAAGUGGUUGAGCAAGUCGAGCUUGGCUACCGUAUGCCAAUGCCACGUGGAUGUCCAGAACAAAUUUACGAGGAGGUGAUGCUGAAGUGUUGGGAUAAGUCACCAGAGAGACGACCUACUUUCGAUACCUUGUACCAUUUCUUCGAUGAUUAUUUCGUGUCCACUCAGCCAAAUUAUGCUCCACCAAGUGCCUGA